AUGCAAGCAGUGUUUCAUUCAUUUCAACAGGAGCCAAAGCCUGUCAAUAACACUACCAAGAAGACCAAGUACAGAGACCCCUUCAGCGAGACUGGAGGCGGAUCCACAUCAACAACAAAUGCUGGUUUCGGCAACAUUAUGUGGGAUCGGAGAGUGUACAGAGGUAAUACCUAUGCUCAGCAAGUAGUACCACAAAAUCAACAACUGGAGCUGGAGCUUGAAAGAAAGAAGGAAGAACACAAGAAGAAGAGAAAAUUAUUGGAGGCCAAGCAAAUGCAAGAAAGGGCUCUUGCAGAACAAUUAUUGGCAGAGAGAAAUCUUGAACCGGUGGAAGGAAGGAAACAUAUCGAUAUUCAAACAAUGACUUACGUGGAGGAAAUUGACGAGACAGAUGUAUGGACACAAACAGAUCCAUUUCAAGAUAGACCCGAGUCACCGGUAUUCAUACCAUCAAAAACGGGUGUAGAUAUGGGUGUGCAAGUCGAGGAUGAUUUAUUUGAUUUUGAUUUUGAAGUGGCUCCAAUUCUGGAAGUAAUUGUAGGAAAAACACUGGAGCAAUCCAUGUUGGAAGUGUUGGAAGAGGAGGAAAUGGAAGCUCUCAGACAACAAAAGAAAGAGUUUGCUCAAAAGCGAAAUGCAGAACUGGCAGAAACUCAAAGACUUGAGGCAGCAGAAAAAAGAAGAUUCGAAGAAAAAGAGCGUCGCAAAGAGCAAGAGCGACAGAGGCUUCAACGAGAACAGGAAUGUCGGCGAAAACUGGCAAGCAGGCAAUUCGCAAACCAAUAUCUCGAAAAUUUGGACCUCAAUGUUUUUACUACUCUGCAAGAAGAAGGCUUCUUUUACGACAUUGUACAUAGACAAGUGGAACAAGAGUUUAUGCCCUUCUUAAUCCAACUUACGAACCAGGAGCUCGAUAAGAAACGACAAGCAAGAGUCGAAGUAGAUAAUAUCAUCAAGACGAGCAUCAGAAAAUUAUUGAAAUCCAAUUAG